CCCGGCCGCGCGGGGUUCCAGCAACCUGGCGGCUGACGGGCCCGGGAGCUGCCGGGCGAGCAGAACAGCCGGUGAGUGCGCCUUGAUGGGAGCAGAAAGGCCCCUAGGAACCUUGGAGGCCUCGGAGGAACUACCCGCAGAGAUCCGCUCCCGGAAAGGUUCCGGGACCACGCGGCGAGGAGCACGUGAACGGCGCAGCUUGGCUAUAAAAACCCCGCUCAGGCGCGCGUGGGGAGCAAGCGGAGCGGUAGGACGCUGCAACCGGCGCCAGGAGAGAUAGGGAUGAAGCGAUCGUCCCUCCAGGACGCCAGAGACAAUCUGGAGACUUGAUGCUUCAAACUCUCCAGGUCUGGCUUGGGGUUGUGUGCGUCGAACUUUGAGACUGGAUUCCCUGCACUUGGGCAGAGAGGCACAGACGCCCGCGCGUGUGGAUUCCCGAAAAUUCUCAGGGCUUGUGUGACCUUUAGGAGAGUUGGAGGGGGCGUAGUAGAAAUCUCAGGCUAAUUGAUUUCUUGUCCUCCACCACGGAGGCAGCCAGGAGCCCUCGGCUGUCCACAGAGGAGCCCGGGAGGCUCCUGCGCACCCCCGAGGCCCCCGCGCCCAAGCCCCGGCCGUCCUCUAAGCCGCAAGUUAUUUCUGCGCCGGAGAGAGGCGGGCUCGGAUAAAGUCGGGACGCCUUCUCGUACAUAAAGUUUCAUCAGCUCUCCUCGCUCGCACGGUCCCCGCCGCCUGGCGGCCCCCUCCUCCCACAGCGGGCGCGGGCGGGGAGAUGGCCGCCGGCGCUUCCCGGCGCAAACGGGCGCUGCGCGCGUAGCGGCCGCCACGCUGACCUCCCGCUCCAGCUGGCUGCUGCUCUGAGCCCUAGCAGCGGGCGAAGGCGGAGGCCCAGAGGGGCAGGAGACCGCCGCGACAGGAGCCCGAGGGUCCGUAUGGCUGCUCCUCGCCGGCGGGUGCUGUGCGCCACGGAGCUCGCCAGCGGCGCUUCGGGCUCGGAGCGGCUCUGAGCCGCGCCGCCUGCUGAGAUCGACCGCCUGCUGAGCCGUUCCGUGGAGCCGCGGGCAGGAACCUGAGGAGCAGGAGGUGGCGGCGGCGGCAGUGGCUGUUCCUCCCAGAGGGCGAUGUGGCCGGCCGGCGCGGGCACCAAGCUGCCCUGUCCCCGAGACUCUGCGCUCCGGCGGGCGGCUUUCUCUGGGAACCUCACGGCCCUGCCCUCUCACCUCGUGCCCGCCGGCCGCAGCGUCCGGGUCUUCAUCAGCGCCAACCCUGAAGAUACGGGAGCAGAAAGACAGGCACUAAGAGAAAAUGUAUAUCCUAAACUGAGAGAAUUCUGCAGAGAAAACUAUGGAUUGGAAUUUCAGGUCAUAGAUCUGUACUGGGGAGUGGAAGAAGAUGACUGGGACAGCCCAGAGCUCCAGAAGACCCGCAUGAAGCUGCUGGAGGAUUGCUUGAAAACUUCUGCAGGUCCAUGUUUUGUUGGACUAUUAGGUGAAAAAUAUGGGAAUAUCCGAAUCCCUGGAGAAGUUGAAGCCUCAGAGUUUGAAAUGAUUUUGGAUGCCGCCAUAGAGGCAAAGCUGGAGACCAAGUUGCUGGAGGAGUGGUACUGUCGAGAUGAGAACUCGGUGCCAGCAGCCUAUUACCUCAGACCCAAGUCAGAAAUGCUGAGAAGCAAUAGAAAUGCAAUGCAGGCUUCUACCAAUGCUGAAAAUGAGAAGACAUGGCAAGAGAUAUCAGAUGAGAUCAAGAAGAUAUUUAAGGCUGCUGUAAAGCUGUUACACGAAAAGGGUAAAAUGAAACACAGCCAGGCUAAGAGGUACCUGUUCUCAGCUAUAGAGGAUGAGUUUGACUUUGCUCUGGGAAAACAAACUCCGGCAUUUCUAAAGAAGUGUGUUUGCUACAUUAGGAAAAUUGCUAACAUUGAGCGCUUUGUGAAAAUCCCAGAGAUGGGAAAAUACAUGGAUAUAACUGGAACAGAACCGAGGAUUAUUCGGGACCCAGAAGCCCAAGAGAAGCUGAUAAAACUCAGGGAUGAAUUUAUUCCUACUAUUGUUGCAUCAUCUAAUCUGAGAGUGUACACAUCUGUUACUCAUUGUGACAUGAAACUAGGCUACUCCCAAGAAAUAGAAAAUCAUUACAUCGAAGGACUUGGUAAACAAUUUUAUGAGGACAUGAUUGAUAUAAUUCAGGCAACGAUACAACAGAAUUUUGACACUGAAACUGAUACACUCUAUGACGAAAUCCUUCAACAUUCAUCGUUAUGUAAAACAUACGCCUCCUUCUAUGAGUACAAAUGUGAAUCUCUAAACAUAGUGCAUAAUUACAUUCUUCCAAGCAAAGCUGGACACAUCAACCCUCUUAUUAUAUAUGGUGGGCCAUGCACUGGGAAGACCCUUCUGCUAGCUGAAGUAGCAAAGAAGGCUUAUGGCUGGCUACAUGAGGACACAGGACCAGAAUCUGACCCAGUAGUCAUCGUGAGAUUUCUAGGAAUGACAGACAUGAGUUCUGACCUUAGGACUCUCCUUCUAAGUGUUUGUGAACAAUUGGCAGUUAACUACCGGUGUCUGGUUCAAAGCUACCCUAAGAAGAUCCAUGACCUCUGUGACUUAUUUAUAAAUCUUUUGAAUGAGUCUUCACUGCAGAGACCUCUAGUCAUAAUAUUCGAUGCACUAGAGCAGCUCUCAGAGAAUGAUGAUGCCAGGAAGCUUUGGUGGCUCCCAGCUCACCUGCCCCGCUUUGUCCGGAUAGUCCUUUCCACGCUGCCCAACAAACAUGGGAUCUUGCAGAAACUAAGGUGCCUUAUCCAUGAAGAAGACAACUACAUUGAGCUGAUUCCCCGAGACAGGAAGAUGUGCAGCCAAGUUCUCAAACACCAGCUGCUGCGCGUCAAAAGGAAGGUCACAUCAGGCCAGCAGAUUUAUGUGAACAACGCAUUAUCCAAGUGCACACUGCCAAUGUUUGUGAACCUGACCUUCAGGGAGGUGAGACACUGGAGAUCUCACAAAGACGUCGAUGAAUCCUCCCUCUCUGUCACCGUUCAUGAAAGUAUAGAGCAGUUGUUCUGGUCCUUGGAGAAGAAGUGUGGUCAGAAACUGGUCUGUAGGGCUCUUGGUUACAUCACUAUGGCCAAAAUGGGUCUGAGUGAAAUGGAACUGGAGGAUGUGUUAGCCCUAGACAACAGUGUAAUGAGUGAGCUCAAUGAAAACACCAGACCCAGCAAUCCCCUGAGAGUACCUUACUUGUACAUUGCAAGGCUCAAGGAGGGUCUCAGUGGAUACCUAAUAGAAAGACAUGUGAAAAAUGUCACACUCCUGGUCUGGGCCAACAGACAUCUGCAGCUCAUAGCCCAGAAGCUAUAUCUGCAGGAUGACAAUGACUUGCGUGAAAUGCACACCAUCCUAGCAGAUUAUUUUCUGGGGGUUUGGUCAGGGGGCAGGAGGAAAGUCUUCUGCCUUGAGGACCGCUACUUGAAUGGCUGCCUUGACUUGGAGAGCAGAAGUUUGCUGGAGGAAGAUAAGCACUUCAUGGAACAGGCUUCCUUUGACAGGCAGGCUCCAGACCAGCCCUGGGUUUUCCAGUGUAAUCCCCUGGAACCUGACAUCUUUUUCGUCAAUCAUCGGAAAAUGUCUGAGCUUUUGUACCACUUGACAAGGUGUGGAAAAACCGAUGACCUGCUUUAUGGCAUCAUCAUGAACUUCAGCUGGCUUUAUACCAUGAUCAAAAUUGGCCAGUUUGACAAAGUGCUUUCAGACAUUGAGCUGGCUUACAACUACUCGCAAGAGAAGGAGCUGAAGUUCCUGGCCAACACCCUCCGCGGCAUCAAAAACAAGGUCAUUGCAUUUCCCGGCUCCCUUUCAGCAGAGCUUCAGCAAAGACUGCUGCCUGUUGUAAGCUCCCUGCCCAAACUUAGACAUCUUCUUUUAGAGUGUGACAAAGAUGGGCCCAAAUAUUGCUCCAUUGUACCACUGCAUUCAUCCAUGGAUGUGACAUACAGCCCAGAGCGUCUUCCCUUAUCAUCCAGUCACCUGCAUGUCACAGAGAUCCUGCCUACCUGUAACCCCAGCACUGUCCUCACAGCUUUAGAAAAUGGUUCCAUCAGCACCUGGGAUGUAGAGACUCGACAGCUACUCAGGCAAAUCACCACAGCCCAGUCUGUCAUCCUGGGCAUGAAACUCACCAGUGAUGAAAAGUACCUUGUGGUGGCUACAACAAAUAACACCUUGUUGAUUUAUGACAAUGUCAAUUCUUGUCUCCUGUCUGAAGUAGAAAUCAAGGGGACCAAGCAUGGAAGCAGCGCCACCUACAUCAAUGGAUUUACACUGUCUGCCAACCAUGCCCUUGCAUGGCUUGAAGCCAGCAAAGAUGUCACUGUCAUCGAUCUGCUGUACGGAUGGCCGCUUUACCAGUUCCACUGCUGGUAUGAAGUGACAUGCGUCCAGUGCUCCCUGGAUGGUCUGUAUGCUUUCUGUGGCCAAUACCUGAACACAACCACCAUAUUUCAUUUAGGGAGUGGAGAAAAGUUAUGUACAGUGACAUCAGAAUUUUCAGGUGGAUUUGUGAAGUUUCUUCUUAUCUUGGACACAGCUCAGGAAAUGGUCAUGGUAGACAGUGAAGGAAGUCUUUCUGUUUGGAAUACUGAGGACAUUUCCAGCCCCCAGCUGACUGAUGACUUUGAUUGCCGAAGAGAAGAUAGCGAGGUGGUCAGCAUUGAGCUUUCAGAAGACCAAAGUGCAGUUCUGAUCUGUAAAGCCCUCAGCAUUGAGCUCUUAGAUACUGGUCUGUGGAAGGUGGCUGAAAAGUUCAGAGCCAAGCACAAUGAACGCUUUAUAUCUGCCGUGCUGUCUAAAAAUGGAGAUUGUAUCAUCGCCACCAUGGAAAAUACCUCAGCUGUGUUUUUUUGGAGGCGGGACACGGGACAGUGUAUGGCAAGCUUGCAGGAAAUCUCAGGUUCCAUUGUUAAGUUAGUGAAAUCCAGUCACCACAAUAUGCUACUGUCUUUAUCAACCAGUGGUGUUCUUUCCAUUUGGGACAUAGAUAUAAUCACAGCUAUGUCCAACAUAGAUAAGACUGGAAAAUCCAUCCAAAGUCUGUUGUUGCCUGCUAGAGGGGAAAUCAUUUACUCCCUGGAUGGAUCCGAUUGUGUUCAUAAGUGGAACUUCACCAGUGGCUUCAUCGAAGCGGUAUUCAAGCAUGAAGGAAUAGUUGAACACUGUGUGUUAACAUCCACUGGAGAUAUAAUGGUGACAUCAGAUGACAAAAGCAGCCAGUAUGUCUGGCACACCAGCAGUGGUGAAAACCUUUUUCGAAUUAACGGGCAGAGAAUAUCUCAGCUGCUGAUUACACACAAUGACCAAUUUGUGGUGUCGCUCUGUGAGGAAAACGCCUCCAGGGUUUGGAGGCUCGCCACAGGCCACAGGGUCUGCAACAUUCUGACCACUUUGCAGAAUGCCUUUAUUACCUCCGCAAAUACCUUUGUGGUGGGAAUGACUAAAAGCAAAGUGUUGGCAGUCAGUCUUUGGACAGGAAGUAUCACCAAGAAAUUUUGCUGUGAAGAUGGGACCACCAUCGUGAAUUUUAAAUUAAUCCCUGACUGUCCUGAUAUCAUCGUGUUUAUCACAUCAGCCGAGACUGUGAACAUCUGGAGUCUGACAGAUGAAGUGAUCUGUCGGCGCGUGCAACUUCCAAACAACUUCUUGAAAAAUCUGGAGGAUUUUGAAAUUUCUCCCAAUGGAAAGCUAGGCAUUAUAUCCAGGGGAGAUGAAAACAUCAACGUGCUAGAUUUACACAGUGGUAAAUUGCGGGUGGUUCACGCCUCUGGGAUCAUCUGGCGGCAGAGGUUGUCUCGGGAUGGUCGCUACCUGGUAUACAUUUGUUUCCGAAAUGGGGAGGAGGAGGAUGAAAAUGGUGCAAUAUUCAGUUUAAUUGUAAUGAGACUGGCAGAUGGCAAAAAUAUCGGUGCUUGUUCCCUUUACAAAACACCAACUUUCCUUGCACUCUCCCAGAGGCACCUGAACAUCAUUGUGGGCUUUGAUGAUGGGAGUAUAGGGAUCUACACGGUAGUAGACCGCGUAGAUGCUGCACUGAAAAUCAAAAUUGCCACUUCAAAUAGCAGACAAAUUUUCAACAAUGCAACACAAACCUCCAGGCCAAAGUGUAACAGUUAUUGUUUUAAAAUAUCUGUGGAUUGCUUAUGGAGAGAGUCCACUGAGGUCUUUGCAAGAGACAGCCCCAUCACAGUUAGUGACUCUACUGAGUCCAAUGAAGCAACACCCUCCAAGAAACACAACUCUUGUUAUGAGCGGGUAUGCUCGGCCCUAGAAGCCAGGGGCCACAGCUAUGCCCCUGAUAACUGACAAAAUGUUUUCCAGCUAAGCAGAAAUAUGUGAUCCAAGUACAGAAGGAAAAAAAAAUGUGCCCCAAAUGAUAAACUAUUCAUUUCUUAAAAGGCAGGAACGAUGCUGGAAUUCCAGUGUUUUAUUAAGAUGUUCAUGAAAUGGACAAAUAGGAGGUUAGUCUUGGGUGUGGUCUUUUUGUCAAAGUGUAUCCAGAAUGUCAGAAUUUCUAGUAGUAGUAUUUAAAUGGUUACUUCAUCUGAAAGGCAGAGGCUAAAAGUUUUUAAAUUAGCUGUGUGGUGAGGCAGCAUAAUACAUCCCAUUGGUUAAGACGAGAGAGGCUAGAGUUAUAUACAGAUCAUUUGGAUGGGAAUUAGUUCUACAAAAAUCGGCUGAAAUCAUGAAGACAAAGAGCUGCUUGACUUCAAAUGAUUGUUUGAUAAGUAAACACAGCCUUAAUCUCUCUUUACAUUUUACAGUCCUGACAACUGUGUACACCUAGUCUGCAGUGAAUGGUCUAAAGGUGCAAAAUAAUGUAACAAAAAUACCUAAGUGUAUUCCCAGUUUCCCGAGAGAUAUGACCUGAAAUGUGAGACUGUGGACUGGACUGGGACAAGAACUAACUACCACUAUCAUAGGGCUACUGAACGUGGAGAGUCAGUCUUUAUUAAAAUACAGUUGCAACAAUUGCAUGCGAGGGUUUCUGUAUAACAGAAUAUAUGAUUUUUAAACUAUUUCCUGGGUUGCAAAAGAACACAUUUAAUUAGAAACAACAAUCUUUUUGCAUCUUUUUGAAAUGCCUGUUUGUGCUGGGUGUAAAGAAGAAUUACAGGAAGGGCAUUACAAAUCUGGUCAAAACACCUGUCCAUUUCCAUCAUUGUACUAACAGAAGUCUGUACUAUUUGGUCAGUUGUAUGGAAGCAUAAAUAUUCCCUAAAUUCCUGCAGUUAGUCUUCAUAGAAAGCAAGCUUUCUCAACAUGCCAUCUCUGAGAUACUGAUGAUGUUUGCCUUACUCACAUUCCUUCUCUUUCCUGUGUAAAAUGCAGAUAGAUGACCAAACACUCUGGGAUAAACUGAAUAUGCCUGUCUUUGUGCUAAAAUAUUCCAUAAAUCUUAAGGAUGUCCAAAAGUUCUUUAUUGUCCUUGUUUGCAAUCACUUUCUUACUUCUACACACCAUCUGUAUGCUUCUUUAUCUGUUACUCUUCCUGGUUGAGGACUCUUCUGAGGCUUUUAUAGUCCUAUCCAUUUCAAAGCAGAAGCCAUGGAACGGUAUUAAAUAUUUUUUAAAAUUAAUUCACCUGUUUAAAAGAAAACAUUGCAUCUCAAAAGGUGAAGAUGAUUGUUCUUUCUUGCAUAUCCUCCUCAUGGCAUGUCCUUUGAUAACUUUUCAAAAGGUAUCCACACUUUUGGUUGAGUUUAGUUUUCUUAGAAAGUAGAGAAGUAACACUUUACUAGAAUAAUGAACAAGGAAUUGAUUUGCUCUAGGCCCAGCUCUGCCAUGAACUCAUUGUGUAUUCCUAGACAGGUCUUUAACCUCAUCAGUGUGUUGUUUUUGUGAAGUGCAAAAUAAAGGUAGUGAUAGUUUCUGCUGUAGCCCUCAUAGGGACAUUGGGAAGCAGUAUAAGAAAAACUUCAGCAACAUCAUGAUUAUUGAGGCUAACGGGAAAAAUAAAUUCAUGUAACCCAUAGAGAAUCCAAGUCAAUUGUAUUUCCCUUUGGAAAGCAGUUUAACAUGUAAGCAUUCAAAGAUGUGAUUCAGAUAUACCCAGCUCCAUAGUGAAAGAUGUUUUUCAGUAUGUUACUUCUGGUUUAGCUACUAGCCAGGGAGGUGGUAGCCCAGAGAAGGCAACCCACAUACAGAUCACCUGGAGUUGAUUACAUGAGUCUAUGCUUUUGAGCUCUUUAGGCAACACAUUCUCAUUCCUGUCAUUAUCAGUUGAACCUCCAUGCCACACAUUUCUAAGAAUUAAAUGCCUAGAUGGAUUAAAUGUAGUAUGUGAAUGUUCUAUGUAAAAGCCAAUAGAGUAUACAAGUGACUUGAAUGAUUUUUCCUAACUUGUCUGCAACUGAUAGCUCAUAUUGAAUGUUUUUAUGUAAACUUUGUAUCGUUGGGAAGAAUUACCCAAUCAGAGAUUUAUAUUUUCAUAAAUGUUACAUUUAGUUAAAUUUUGUUACAGAGUUGUUACACUAGAAAAUUAUUUCAGUCUUCAAACAAUAUAGUCUUGUGUAUGUAUUAUUUGUAUGAAUAAAAGAUAAACUACUUA